CAGGAGGGUUACGUCCUGUUAUUGACACUCAUCUCAUGGCUGUCUUAACCUUCACUCUGAGCCCCGAGGCUGUGGGGAAGAUGCAUGAUGCUCUUAUAUGCCUGGGAAAGUUCAAUGAAUCUGUUUCCUUGGAAGCAACACGAGAUCACCUUGUGUUGACAGCUUUGAACACUACAAGGACGGGAUAUGCGUCCUUCACAUUCGCCACCAACAAGUUUUUCUCUAAAUUUAUAUAUAACCCCCCUCGAACCUCGGGUUCCACGAGGGGGAAGUUCACCUGUAGGCUAUACAACAAGGCUUUGGCAUCCAUAUUCAAGGGCCGAUCAGCAGAUCCUCUCCGUGAAAAGGAUACCGGCAUCGAGAGAUGCGAGGUGAGCGUAGAGGACGGAGCUGGAGGGGUCAAGAGCCGCUUCGUCGCUCAAAUGAUAUGUAGGCAUGGUGUCAUCAAAACAUACCAAUUGACCUUUGAGUCAUCUUCGUCGAUGCAUGCUCUUUUUAAGCCAGAAAUGUCCAAGAGCCACUGGUCAAUACCAUCCUGCGUGUUGAGAGAGUUCAUUGACCAUUUCGGGCCAAAGACUGAACAGCUAGAUAUCUAUGCAAAGGAUGGGCGAGCAAUAUUCACGAGCUACACCGAGAAAAUAGUUGCGGGGAAGGAAGUACUCAAACAACCAUUACAUACGUCGAUCGCCAUUGAUACCACGGAAUUCAGCCAGUUUAAUGUCGAAGAUAUGUUGCACAUUAUCAUAAGCGUCAAAGAUUUCAAGGCUAUCGUCCAGCAUGCCGGUAGCUUAGAUACUGAGGUCUCAGCAGCCUAUUCGUAUCCGUCAAAGCCAAUGCAGCUGAAAUAUGGCGACGAGGGCGUGACGAGCGAGUUUAUCCUAAUGACUAUAGGUGACUAUAAAGCUACUUCGGCUGUUCCUUUGCCAAAUACAAUUAUGAGGAAUUCAACCUCAGCACCUUCAAGACAACAUACAGAAGAUCCACCUGUCGCCAAUGUUGUGCAACUACCCGCGGCAUCCAUGCAACCUCCUCCUCGCUCUGGGCCACCGCCAGCCACACUGCUGGGUCAUCGAGCUCGUGCUCUACGCCAUUCACCUCCGUUACCACAGCCAAGCAUUGAUUCGGAUUCCUUGUUUGUCCCAGAUGACGAAGAGGAUCGAAGGUGGAACCCUUCAGGGUACGGAGGCGAAGACGAGGAGUUACUUGGAUGGGAUGCUGGCACUGACACUGAUGGACAACUCAAGGCAUCGUCUCGUGGGCCCCAAGAGAGCUACCCUGCGGUCAACAGUAUACAUGGAUCAAUGGCCCGGAAACGAAGCGCAAGCCCUUCAAAUGUAGCACCUACUCAACGAGUAUCCCAGAUUCGUGGUAUCUUCGACGACUGAUACCGUAGCACUGGACCAGGCAAGCUACAGGCAGGAAUACUGGGAUCAUGAAAGGCGUCUGUUAUAUAUAUACCCCUGAAUUAUUGUACUGGUCAACACCGUAUUGGAAGUUUUACUCAAGAUAUAACAGGUUGUAUACUAUUAAGUUAUUGCAGGCACUUAGCUAGAUACAAUACAUUCCUGGCUCUUUCAGUAAAUUUGUGG